GGAAGAUCAGCUGGUUCUGUCUGUAACAUCAGCUACAUCUUCUUAUGGCACAGCGGAGUUUACUGGUGUGAGUCCAGAGAGGGAGCAACCAGUAAGAGCAUCACCAUCAGUGUCACUGAGACAAGUCACGCCUGAAGGAGGAAGACUUUAACUUUCACUUCUCUUCCUGGGCUGAUAUCGUGUCCUCAGUAACCCCAGAUGUGAGCUCCACCCACUCAUGAGACAAAACCAGCCCUCCCAGCUGGUUUCAGCCAGUUCAGUUCAGACACAGGAUGAAGAACAAGACACGGACAGAAGACGCAGCAGCAGAUCAACAUCCUCUCAGCUCUCAUGGCUCCAUUCCUGCUCCUGUUGUUCCCUCUGUGUGCAGCAGCUUCAGACCAACAUGUGACAGUGCACCCUGGACAUGACGUCACUCUGAGAUGUGAGGCUGGUAAUGUCUCCAUCUUAGCUGUAGAGUGGACCAGACCUGACCUGGAGCCACCACAGUACGUCUUCUUAUACAGACACGGAUACUUAGACCCAACCCACCAGCAUCCAUCCUUUACAGGCAGGGUGGAGCUGGUGGACAGAGAGCUGAAGGACGGAGACGUGUCUUUAACUCUGAAGAAUGUGACCAGCAGAGACAAGGGAACAUACGAGUGUCGAGUUAGAUCAGAUGGAUCGAGACCCAGAAAGAGAGCCAACAUACAUGCUGAUCCAAUCACAGUCAUCCACCUGGAGGUUACAGCUGCAGAUUUAAAGGAUGGAAACUUCCCUCGUGGACACGUUGGACUGGCAGCAGGAGGUGUUGCAGUGCUUCUUUUAGUUGCUGCAGUGUUUGUUGCUGUCUGGAUAUAUAGAAGACGUACAGACCAAAGAUCAGAACGACCUGCUGCUGAUGAAGCAGGAAACAAUCAGCUCAUGAGUCCCUCUGCUGUUUGAGACUGUUCACCAUGAUGGUCUGUUUCAGCCAAUCAUGUCUCUCCUCCAUGAAUCACUGCCUUAUGGUGGUGGAGGGUUUGUGUACCUGCUGAUCCUGGGAGCUGUGUUGUCUGGAGCACUGAGCUCCUGGUAGGGUCUCCCAUAGCAAACUGGUCCCAGUGGAGGGCCAGACUGAAUGUGAUUCAGAUGUCCACCCUUAACCAGGGAUGGAAAGACUAGAAUAUUUUACUUAAGUGAAAGUAUAGUUACAUGAAGACAAUUUACUUUGGUAAAAGUUCUGCUACUUGGAAAAAAAACAUCAACACUUCCAAACACUAAUUACUCCCCUCCAUAAAUCACGACCUCAACAAGUGCUAAAAGCAGAGCUGGCUCUAGCCGCUUUGGUGCCGUAGGCGGGAUUAGGGAUUGGCUAUUCUAGCGUUAAUAUGUCCUGCAGACAACUUGAAUAGAUAUUGAUAGUUGCACUAUACUUAGAUUAUAUUUUGAGUUAGGCCAUAUUUCCUCUGUAAAUUGUAUUUGUCAUCAAAUAUAUUUCAUUGUGCUGAUUUUACCAUAACAAUAGAAGUAGGGGUGCACAAUAACAGGAAAUUAUUACGUCAUUCCGAUAAGUCCGAUAUCAUGACGAAUAGCCCCGAUAUAAUUUUGUCAGCACGGCAGUGCCCCGCUCCCACUAUGAGACCUGAAUGGCCUGCAGUGAAUGCUGCGUUCAAGUGACGUCGGCAUAAUCAGAAAAAACUCUUUCUGACUGGGAAAAUUCAAGAAUGCCCCCUCAUGUCGGAAAACGACUCGUUAACUCGGUCAUAAUUUCACACAGACGCGCACACUCUCUCUCUCUCUCUCUCUCUCUCUCACACACACACACACACACACACACACACAUGCGCACGCUCUCUCUCACACUUUGCACGGUAUACUGGUACCAACGGUAGACCGCGGCACUAAAACUCCAGUACAUAUGAUACCAUAAUGUUGGAGUACUGUAGUACUACAGUACCUCAGGUACCACUGCUGUGGGAUAAGUUCAAAGUCCAGUUGCAAGAGGGUGAGUGUCCAUGCGCCGUCCAAUAACAGCGUGCGCUGUCCAAUAACGGUGAAGCCUGCCGGUUGUGGGUUGAAUGGGGGUCACAGACAGGAAUACGUAUUCCUGUCAAAUACGCCGGCCAUAGUGCUCCACGGCGCAAGAUAACAGCUUACCGGCAACGGAGAACCCUGGCUCAAGGUCCAAUAAUUUCCUCUUCUUUGCGUCAUGACUGCCCAGUAGUACCUGAACAGCUGAGCCGUGGCGGCACACAGGUAUGUGAUGUGUCAGAGGAGAAACGAGCCGUUCACAUUUCUCUCUCUGUGGCAGGUAACGGCCCACAAACCUCACCGCACUUUAGGGACUGUUCUUUACUUAUGAAGGGACUGUUCUUUACUUGUCAGGGGAGGAGGGUGGCUGGUUGAGUUUUAUUUCAUUUAUUUAUUUUAUUUUGAUCCCCCCUAUGUUCAUCACUUAUUGAUGCUGUUUUUGAAGUAUGAAUAAGUCAGUAAGUAAUUUAUUCCAUUGAAAUAUCAUUGAUGUAUUAUAGAAAAGUGAUUUAUCUUUUUAUAAAUGACAAAAGGCACAUCUGCCUCAUUUUUGCUGUGGUAUCCUGAUACUACUCAGAACCAUGAUAUUUUCAUUGGUAUCGUACCGUGGGUCCCAGUUUUGGUACCGUGACAACACUACUUCACACACACACACACAGACGCACUCUCUCUCUCUCUCUCUCUCUCUCUCUCUCUCUCUCAAUUCAAUUCAAUUCAAAUGGCUUUAUUGGCAUCAUGAGGUAACACUGUACAUAUUGCCAAAGCAAGCGUGUGGAAUUCAAAAUAAUAAUAAUAACAAUAAAGGAAAACAAUAUUUACAAUAAAUGAGUUAUAAUCUAUACUGUUGGUAAUGCUGUAUGUAUAAUAUGUAUAACUAUGAUUGACUCCAUCACAGUCAUAGUCACAUUCAAUCAAUCUCAGUAAUAACAAUAAUAAUAAUAAUAAUAACAAAAAAAGAAGAAAACAACAAACAACAAAUAUUUGUGUCACUUCCUGUCUCUCAGUCUAUGGCAGGCACAAAGAUUGUGGAAGUUUGUGUGUGUGUGUGUGUGUGUGUGUGUGUGUGUUGAUGUUACGAGAAAUAAAUGAAUAAAUAAAUAAUUAAGAAUGAAACAAUUAAAAAUAAGUAAAUAGUGAGUUGUGUUUCUCAGGUUCCACUGGCUGUCUUCAGGUCGGGACAUGACGUGAUGAAUUUAGCUGCAGUGUUCUCACAUUUGGGUAUUUCCCCAAGUAAAUAUGGGAGUUUCUCCAUGUCUGUCAUGUUUUCAAAUUCAGGGUGUAUUUGUAUUAUUUUGGGAAAGUGUUCAUUUCUCAGAGCCUGGUAUUUGGGGCAUGAGGUGAGGAAGUGUAGCUCUGACUCGACCUCUUGUCUGUCACAGUGGGAGCAGAGUCUCUCCUCCUCUGGCAGCCAGCUCUGUCUGUGCCGACCCUUCUCUAUAGCUAGGCUGUGUUCACUGAGUCUGUACAUAGUCAAGGCUUUUCUUAAUUUAGGAUCUUUUACUGUGCUCAGAUCAUUUGCUAAUGUGAAGUUUCUUUUUAGGGUCAGAUAACAUUUUAAUUUACUCUGUGUUUUAGUUGUUUCCUUCCAGUAUGUGAUAUAGAUUUCUCUUUGUUGGUUGAUAAUUUGGUUUGGUCUGAUUGGCUUGGUGUUGUGGUCCCGAGGCUGUCCGGGGCAUGUUAGGUUGUCUGGACGGAGCCUCAGGACCAGCUGGCUGAGGGGGCUCUUCUCUGGCUUCAGCUCUUGGCAGGUUAGGGCUUUGUGAUGGUACGUCUGGGGGUCACUAGUUUUUAGGUGAUUGUAAAAUUGAAUUGCUCUUUUUUGUAUUUUCAAUAUGAGGGGGAAUUGGCCGAGUUCUGCUCUACAUGCGUUGUUUGGUGUCUUUCUCUGGACGUGCAUGAUGUUCUUACAGAACUCUGUGUGGAAAGAUUCUAUUAUUGUUUUGUCCCAUUUUUCAAAUUCAUGAUUUAGUUUUGGUCCCCAAAUUUCACUGCCAUAGAGAAUUAUCGGUUCUAAUACAAAUUGGAACAUUUUUAGCCAGAUUUGAAUUGGAAUGUCCAGUUUAAUAUUUCUUGUAAUUGCAUAGAAAGCUCUCCUUGCUUUGUCUCUCAGAUCUUUCACAGCCAAGUUGAAGCUUCCUGUGGAGCUUAUGUUGCUCUCUCUCUCUCUGUUCUAAUAUGAGAUAAAAGAACAACUGAACCCCAUUUACCUUAGUGAAAAGGUAUUCAUUUGACUGGAACCAUAAGCCAAAAUUCUUUUAACUUAUUUUUUUUGUUACUAUGGAAUGCACUUUUUCAGUUUGUUUACAUAGACAAGUCUAACUUGUUCAGUGCAAUCAUUUUCUAUAUAUAUUUAUUUUUCUGAACUUCUGGAAUGAACUUUUUCAGUUUGUAAUCCCGAUGCAUGUAUUUGCAUCAGUUCAAGGGGCCUUUAUUUUUAUAUCAUUAAGUAAUGCACCUUAUUUAAAUUGAUGUUCAUUUGAGA